AUGGCGGAAAGAGCCUUAUUCCACCUCGCCGGAAAAGUCCUUGAACUGCUGGGUUCCUUCACUCUCCCAGAGGUCAAACUGGCCUGCGGUGUUCAAACUGAGAUUGAAAAACUAACAAGCACAGUUUCCACAAUCCAAGCUGUGAUUCUUGAUGCAGAAAAGCAGAGUUCUCAUAAUCAUCAGAUCAAAGAUUGGCUCAGAAAGCUCAAAGGUGUUCUUCAUGAUGCUGAUGACUUGCUGGAUGAUUUCUCAACCCAAGUUUUGCGGCACAAGGUGAUGAGAAAGAAGAAGGUACGCAUUUUCUCUUCCAGUUCUAAUCGUAUUGCUUUUAGUCCUAAGAUGGGUCGUCAGAUAAAAGCAAUUAGGGAGAGACUAAAUGCCAUUGCAAAAGAUAAGGAGGAUUUCCACUUUAUUCAAAGCUUCAUUGAGCCACAAGUCAUGAAGAAUAUUUCUAUCAUUCCUAUUGUUGGUAUUGGAGGAUUAGGGAGAACCACACUAGCUCAACUGGUUUACAAUGAUCAAAGUGUCAACAAAAAUUUUGAGCUAAAACUUUGGGUUUGUAUCUCUGAAAUCUUUGAUGUAAAACGAAUUGUUAAAGAAAUUUUAGAACAGCUGACGGAUGAGAGACUUAAAGAAAGCUUUGAGAUGCUGCAAAAUCAGCUUCGAGAAAAAAGUGCAAGGGGAAGUAGGAUAGUUGUAACCACUCGUUCUGAAAUGGUGGCGGGCAUAACAGGGGCAACUUCAUGGUAUGCUCUAAAAGGCCUACCUGUAGAAAAGGCUUGGAAUUUGUUUGUAAAAGUUGCAUUUGGAGAAGGCCAGCUGCCUAAGAACCAAGCCUUUAUUAGCCUGGGAAAGGAGAUUUUGGAAAAAUGUGUUGGGGUACCUCUUGCCAUAAGAACAAUAGCAAGCUUGCUACACUCCAAACCUUCUGAAAAUGAGUGGCGAUCUUUCAAGAAUUAUGAACUCUCAAAAAUAACUCAUGGAGAAGAAAAUAAUAUUUUAUCAACACUUAAGUUGAGUUAUGAUCAUCUACCAUCAUACUUAAAACAAUGCUUUGCUUAUUGUAGAUUGUUUCCAAAAAAUUCCAAGAUUCAUGUAGGGACACUGAUUGAUCUUUGGGCAAUGCAAGGUUAUAUUAAGUUAUCGAAUCCAAAGCAAUGUGUUAAGGAUGUUGGUAGAGAGUACUUCAAGUUAUUACUUUGGAGGUCAUUCUUCCAAGAUGUUGAAAAGGAUUACUGGGGCAAUAUAUGGUGCAAAAUGCAUGAUCUCAUGCAUGAUCUUGCAAUCUCUGUGGCUGGAACAGAAUGUACUGUAUUACAUUCAACUGAGGAAAAUAUUGGCAAAAAUGUUCGUCAUGUAUCAUUUAAUCUUUUGGAUUCGUCGAUGCAGUCUCCAAUCAUCAAGUUUGAAGGAAAGAGGACACGAACGGUUAUUGGACAUAGAAGAGGGUGUGACUUUCCUUGUAAUGCGCUUGUUUCAAAUCUUAAGUAUUCACGCACACUAGAUUUGAGCUAUCUAUGGUCACGAAAAAUGCUGUGUUCAAUUGGGAAAUUGAAACAUUUAAGAUAUCUUGAUGUUUCCGAAAAUUGGUACAUUAAAAUUCUCCCUAAUUCCAUUGUCAUGCUGCUGAAUUUGCAAACACUGAAUCUCAAGAAUUGUCGUGCGCUUAGAGAAUUACCCCGAGACACUAAAAAUCUGGUCAAUCUUAGGCAUCUAGAUAUUUCUGGUUGUGUCAAGGCCAGGGCUAGUGGUGGGCUUAGUGAAUUGAAUAAGCUGAGCAAUUUGGGAGGAAACCUGUGGAUUCUGAAUCUAGGACAUGGAAAAGAUGACAUGAUGGAAUGUAAAGCUGCAAAUAUGAAGGAGAAACAACAUCUUCACCAACUGAAAUUAUGGUGGAACUUAGAGUUGGUUGGAGAAACCGAAUGUUACGAUGAAAUGUCACUAGAAGGUCUCCAGCCACAUCCAAAUCUUAAUGUGUUGGAAUUAUCAUUUUAUAUGGGUGUUACAAUUCCAAGUUGGGUCUCUUCGCUCACUAAUCUUGUCGAUUUGAAAUUGUGGAGUAAUUGUAGAUGCAACCACCUCCCACCAUUAAAUCAACUCCCUUUUCUCAACUCUGUCUGUCUUGAAAAUAUGGAAGCACUUCAAUACAUAUCAGAAGACAUUGUUAGUAAUGUGUUAGGUUACUCAAUAACAACAUUCUUCCCGUCAUUAUUUUCUCUCAAAAUAAAGAAAUGCCCUAAUCUGAAGGGAUGGUGGAGGAAAGAUGAUAAUGAUGGGCCAGGCCAUCUGUUGCUACCAUCAUUUCCUCGUCUCUCUAAAUUGGAGAUUGAAGAUUGCCCUAAUCUUACUUUCAUGCCCCUGUUUCCAUUUCUAGUAAAGUUGAAAUUGUGGGAAGCUAGCUUGAAGGUAUUGCAGCAAACAAUGAAUACACAGAGACCAUCAACAUCAACAACCUCCUCAUGCUGCUUUCCUCUCUCUGAAUUAGAGUUUUUGGAUUUAAAAGGGGUUAACGAUUUAGAAUCUCUUCCAACGAAGUGGCUACAGAACCUCGUUUCUCUUCGGAGACUCUUCAUUUAUGAAUGCCAUGGUCUUAUGUCUCUUCCUUGUAGAGGUAUUCAAUAUCUCACCUCACUUCAAGAGAUAGAAAUAGUGAAUUGCAAUGAGAUAGGUCUGGUAAAUGAUGAAGAUGAUGGCAUGCAAUGGCAAGGUCUUAGGAGCCUCCAUUCUUUGCGUUUCUUGAGAACUCCAAAAUUGAUGUCUCUACCAGAUGGGCUUCAACAUGUUAUCACUCUUCAAAAACUCAAAAUUCAUAUUUGUACUGGUUUAAUGGCUAUACCGGAGUGGAUAGGCAACCUCACAUCACUACAUCAUCUUUCAAUUUCUGGAUGCUCCAAUCUAACGCCAAUGGAUAACCUCACGUUACUACAAGAGCUUACAAUUGGGGAAUUCCCUAAUCUGACCUCACUGCCUCAAGGGAUUCGCAGUCUCACCUCUUUAAAAAGGUUGACGGUUGACGAUUGUCCUAAUUUGAUGGCUUUACCAGAGUGGAUAGGCAACCUCACAUCACUGGAAGAGCUUAUAAUUUGCAAAUGCCUUAAUCUGACAUCAUUGCCUCAAGGGAUUCAUGAUCUCCCCUCUUUACAACGGCUGAUGAUUACUGAUUGUCCCAUUUUACGAGCAAGAUGCCAGUGGGAAAUAGGUGAAGAUUGGCCCAAGAUUUCUCAUGUUCCAUCCUUGAGAUUGGAUGAUUAUGGGUGGUGA